ACAGUGGGCCACAUGAUGGGUGGUACCACUCCACUUGUCCCACUCAUAAGCAACAGAGUUCCCCAGUCUUUCGUGAAUGAUGGCAGUGAACCAAGAAAUAUUUCAUAUUUUAACCAUAUGAAAGUGCUAAGCAUUGCAUGUGGGAAAAAUCACAUGUUGGCAAUAACUGAUAACGGGGUUUAUGGCUGGGGCAGUAAUAAGUAUGGGCAAGUAGGAGUUGGAGGUACUGGACGCUUUCCAAGACCUACCUUGGUAUGUUCCCUUGAUGGCAAAGGAAUUAUAUCCAUUGGUUGUGGACAGUUUCAUUCCUUAGGUGUCAGUGAAGAUGGCAAGCUUUACACUUGGGGAUGGGGUGUCCAUGGUCAGUUAGGUAAUGGUAGUGUUGAAGAUUGUCUUGUUCCAACACUAGUUAAAAAGCUUUCAAAAGAGCGUGUUGUGUUAGCUGAAGGCGGAUAUGCUCAUAGCGUAGCUAUGACUGCUACAGGUAGCAUUUAUGCAUGGGGAUGUGGGACAUAUGGUCAAGUGGGCAAUGGUGGUAUUGUCAAAGUUACUAGUCCUGUUAGAGUCUGCUUACCAGGCCCUGCUACUCACCUCACUGCUGGUUACUUUCAUAAUAUUGCUGUCACAAGAGAUCACAAAGUUUAUACUUGGGGGAUCAAUCCAGCAUGUUUAAGAGUACAAGCACAGCUUCAAAGAAGAGGGCGGAUGAUGCAACAGGCAGCAGAAGGGGAGAAACGCUCCUCUGAAGGCAAGAAUGAGGGAGAAGAUUCACAGGCCAAGGAAAGUGAAGUAGAAAGAAGCGGAGAAGCUUCUGAAGUGGCAGCUUGUGAUAGUGAAAGUGAUGAUAGUAUUAUUAAUGAUGGUGCUAAUGAUAAUCCGAAAAUAGUUGUGUCAAAGGAAGACAGUGGAAGUCCCUGUGGUGGUGCAACACAAAGAACUACUGUAGAUGAUAGUGAUGACACCAUUAUGACUCUGCCUGAGGAGGAAGACACUAAAGAUAUUGGUGCCAAAUCUUUUAUCAUAUCUCCUGAACCUUCUCCAGAAAAAGCUUCCAGUGUUGAUAAUAGAAAAUGUGAUAUUUUUGAAGAAACAGUAUGUGACAGAGUGGUCAGUGGUAACAAUUCUUCCAGCACAAACUGCCAAAGCUCAAAUUCUUCAGAAACAUUAAGCGAGCAGGCCUCCACCAGUAAUCAAUUUUCUGAAAAUUCAUCUAGUACUUCUUUUGGACCUAGAACUGUUAGUGCAAAUACAGUACCAUCAUGUGAUCCCAGUGACCUGGGCCAUCUUCUUCCACUAGAAGUAGAGAUGCCAUGUGGAUUUGGUGCUGUGCGAUCUGUAGCCUGUGGUAGCCAACAUUCAGUUCUCCUGACUACACAUGGGUCACUCUACACGUGGGGUAGAAAUAUGUCAGGCCAACUUGGGACAGGAAAUCGUCGUGAGGUAUUAACCCCAAGUCGUGUUUUAGACGAAGCAUACAUUACUGAUAUUGCGUGUGGGGCUGACUUUACCCUUGCUCUUGAAUCUCAGGGACAACUGUGGGGUUGGGGUUCUAAUUAUUACUCUCAGUUGGGGAGAAGUAGCACAGCGGAAGAAGAAAAAGGGCAAGCUGGGCGAGUAUUUAUGUUACGAACAACAAAGAGGGUGUUGAAAGUCCCCCAUAGUGUUCAUUCAAAUUGUGAGAGUCCAAGAAUAAUCAGCGGUCUUCCACCCCAUCCAAAUCCUCCACCACAUCAUUUCAGCAUGUCAGGAAAUCAAGAUGUAAAGUCAGCAGCUGGGGCACAUUGGUGGCUUAGUCAAAUCAGAUUAGAGACAAUGGACAACAGCACGUCUUCCAAGGAUGGGUCUUCAGCUGAUGACGUAGAUGAUGGCUUGUUUGGAGAUCGCACCCUCCACACAGCACUUAGUUUUUUUCACAAUAGUUAUAACACAAAAAAUAUAGCUAGUAUGUUACAAGAAGCAGAAGCACACCAAGCACUGGCAACUCUUUAUACUUUGGAGCGGCAAUACAGCCAGGCCAUGCACCACCAGCUCUGUGCACUGUUCAAGCAAAGCAAUAUUCCUCAUAAAAGUAGUUUGCAAGAAAAUGAAAACGCAGCUAACCACGAUAAGAAUAAGAUGAGUAAUGGUGAAAAGGAACUUCUUGAACUUGAGAAGCAGUCUCUUUCCAUUGAUAAAAGUGUUGUUGGUGAAGCGGUAAGGAUAAUGGAUCAUUACUUGAGGCUUCAGACUGAGGAGUCACAAACAGGAAUGAAACAUGUUUUGCAAGAAGGAAUCUCACUAUGGCUGUCACAUGCCUUACCUUUAGCCCAGUUAGAAGACUUACUCCUCACACACUUACCAAGGACCGUGUAUCCAUUAGCUUUGUUGCUCUUUGGUGAUGGCAAUACAAAUGAUGGGAAUGAAUCAUGCGACCAGACUACUGCAGUUGCAAGUGAAGACCCAGCUGUGCGAGUACUGAGUCAGCUGUCAACAAAGUUCUGCCUCAAUUUGUGUUCAUCGGUUAUCAACCACUUACAAGCAGGGGGAGUGGGCGGUGAAUAUGUUGAAGCCUUAUCUCAGGUUAUUGGUGCACCAUCUGGAAAUGAUUCUAAUCCAGCUAGCAAAGCAACUGCAGUUAGUGAAGAACAAAGCCAGCUGGAUGCUACAGUUGACAUUUUAGUUACUAAGGCUCCAGAUUCAAUUAAUUUGAACCAAGAUGAAAUCCAGAAAUUACAGAGAGAGGAUAGUGCCUCAAAUCUUAAAAAAGAGAAGAGGCACUCUGUAUCAUCUGGAAGUAAACUCAAAAGUGGAAAAACUUCUAAGGAAAAUGAUAAGGACUGUGUGCUUUUCACUUGUGGACAUCAUUUCACAGAAAAGGAGUUCAAGACUAAGGUAUUACCACAGAUGGAAACUUCCGUGAUGACAGUACCAGGCCUCUUAGGAAAGACUGCAAGAGUUCUUCUUGAUCAGUAUCACAGUGAUCAGCCGGAAAUGGCAUGUCCACAUUGUGUACUGGCUCACCUCACUAUCAAACUUACAAAGCACAAACAGACUUAAGAUAUUUUCAUAUGCAAGUAUAAAGGUGAAGGUUAAGUGCCUUGAUAUGUUGGUCUUGGAAACCAAGAUGUUAAUUGAAACGUCAGCCCAUAGAGCAUUCAGAGUCGGGUAUUAGCGUGGGUGUAACUACAUGUCACAUGUAUGUAUGUAUUGUACAAAUGUCGUUAUCACAUUUUGUACAAUGGUUAACCAGGAUACAACAGGAUUUACUAGUAUACAGCUGAUUGGUGUAAGUAUAGGUUUUAUUUGUUGGCUGUUCCAGUUGUAAUUGUUUAUAGUUUAGAGGUAUAUGUUAUCAUAUGAACAGAGUGGAUUAAUACAAAGCCUGUGAAAGAUUGUUAGUGAAAAUAUUGCAGAAAUUUAACAUCAGUCUUCAUCCUUUGAAACAUAAUUGUUUAAUAUAAUCUAGCAUAUGUUUUUAUCAUAAGGGUUUCUUAGCAAUUCCUCUGAAGAAUAAACGUCAUUAUAUAUCUCUUAUAUGGUUUUAUUUUUAUUUCACUAGACAAUUAGAAGAAGUUCAGAUGACUUGUAAGUAAUUUGUUCACCUUGCUAAUAUACACACUUUUAAAAUACUAAGAGCAAUUUGUUUGGUGAACAAGGUGGUCUGUUAACUUUGAAGAUAUUUUAUUUCAUAUUAAGUCAAUCUAAAACAUUGUAGGAAUUUUGCAGUUCAGAUUUUGUUUCUAUUUUUAUUAAAUAUCAGACAAAGAGAAUGCAGUUAUAUUGUGUUAUGGUUUCUGCAUCUAGUAGUUUUAGUUGCUGUUCUUUUUCUGCAAAAUGAACUACUUGAGGUAUGAAACCACAGGUCAGUACGUAUAUGGUCAUAUGGUAUUUUAUAGCCAAAAAUUAUGUGUAGUUAUUGUGUUAAGUGAUAUCAUGUCAUUCUCUUUUCUUAAUUUAGGCAAGUAACUUCUUGAUAAGCCCAUGUUCUAAGAUUAAUUUAUUCUAUUCAUACAUGAACUAUGACACUAAAUGUGAUUCUUGUAAUGAUUGUGAUUUUUGUGUAUCUUUCAUGUAAUGCCUCUAAUUUAGAUUAUUAAUAAUUAUCCAUAUUUGUAUAAAAAGACCUGUGCAGAUGGACUUUUACUAUAUUGCUUAAGAUUUAGAAGAGGAAUUUUUUCACAGAAAAUUUAUGCAAAUAUCUCGUCACAUACUGAACCACCCUCUUUGCAAUUUUUAGACUUUUUACGUAAAAAACUUUUUCAGAUUUUCUAUCAUUUUCAUCAGGAUAUGAUGGAUAAGAAUUCUGUAAGGAAUUAUAUUUUUAAUACUAGAUUUAUAAGAUAUGAUUUAAAAAAGCAUUGUGUAGUGCCAAGCUUUGUAACUUGGAAAUUAGAUAGAAUGCAAAGUCCAGUCUUUGGAGGGGCAUAUUGGCACAUUAAACUCAAUUCACUAUCUAAUAUAAUCUGCUGCUUUUAUUUUUUUUCUAAUAUUCUUACCAUUUGCCAUUUUGAUUGCCAAGAUGUAGCUGUAUAUAUUGAUGUAUUAUAUUCUGUUUUUGUUUUAAUUUUAAUUAGAUACAAUUGUGUAAUUGUGUUCUUGUUUUUCUGAUAAUGUUUUCUUACUUUUGGUGCAAAAAGUUCUAGGUCACAAGCCCUUUUACUUCUGAAGUUGAGAAUUCAGAAGGAAAUGCUUCUCUUGUGGUGUUUUUAAGUUUUUUUUAUUUGAGGUAAAUAAUAACCUCAUAUAAUACUCUUCUUGCCAAUGAUAUUUUAUUGUGUGCAAAUUCUGAUGAAUAUUGCAGUAUAACCAUUUUUUCAUUGGUUCCUCUUUUUUGUGUGCAUUAAAUGUGAUUAUUAUGGUGUAUACAAAACCUUCAUGUAAAUAGAUUUAUAUGAAUAUGUAUAUCCUUAAAAUAAAUUGAACUACUUUAAAAAUUGUGGCUCCCAUUAUUAAAGAAAGGCUAAUGUUUGAUGUUCCAUACACAUACAUGUACUGUACAUUAAUUUCAUGAUGAACCAAUUUUGUGACUUUAUUGCCAAAGGAAGGAAUCAUGUUUGGUAGUUGGAUGCAAGGGGCAAAAUUAGGCAUUGAUGACAGUACAGUAAUUAAAAAUUUCUUUGAGGAUAACACAAGAUAGCUGACAAAUGCAGAGCUUGUUUUGUUGUUAUUUUUGUAUACAUGCAAUUUAAAACUAGUUGUUACUACUACAUGCCCAGUAUAUUGCUUCCUCAUGAUUAUUAGGAGCCUCUUUUUGAAACAGAAUUUUGAUUGUGUUUCCCCUUAAUUAUUGUACCCUUAUUCUUAUUAUUAUAAUUUAUUUCAGUUAUAUAAUAGUUUCUGUUCAAAAUAGACCUUAUGGUUUGUAUAUCAAUUAUUUUAUCCUUAUCUUUUAAUUUCACUUGUUAAGCUGCAAUGAGAGUAAAUGACAAGUAGAGCUUUUGAAAUAUUUCCCUUGCCAAAAGUUUCCAAGUUUUUAUCAAAAUAUUUUGAAUUUCUCCAAACUCUGAACAUAACACCACACCACUAAAAUAGGAUUAUUUCUCUUGUGUAAUUCUUGGUCAAAAUAACAUUCUUGACCUGACUUCCCUUCUGUUGGAUGUGACUGCUUAUCAACUUUCUAAUUACUAUUCUAACCAGAUCAAAGGUGAGGUGCUUGACCAGUGGAUUGGUGACAGGUAUGCAGACACCCACUCAAUACAAUUAAUGGAAGUGAUGACUAUUAGGUUUAUGUUUUACCAUUUGCAGUUCCUGUGUUAAAGAUAACUUAUCACACCCUCUAGUAAUUUCUGUGAAUCAUAGUCCUUUACAGGUUUAUCAUGUUCAGUUGACUUUAUUUAGCAGUUGUGAAAUUAAAGUAUGUUAAACCAUACUCUGAUAUUGUGUAUACCAACAUCUUUAAAAAUGGUGAUUAGAAUAAUAAUUUGAUAUUAUUCAAGGAUUAGACAUUAAAUGCAAGUGCAUCAGCAAAUUCCAUGGACAAACAAUUUUUUUUAAACUUAGUGAGCUAUAGACUUGUAGAAUUGUGCCCCAAAAAAACUUGAAACCAAAAUGGUACUUGUAUAGCUUUUAGAGAAAAGGAUUCUUUUUUAGAAGCUGAUAUUAGGGUUGAGUAUAAAAAAUUGUAUCUGCCAUACAGUGCUAUAAUAAGAGCUGUAUUUAUAUGAAACAAUGCCCCAGUCCCAGUUAUUUAGUUAUUUUUGACACUAGUGAUAUGGAGGUAAGAGUUGACAUAUUCUGCGGUAAAAUUGAAUUUAAUUGAUUGCGUGGUAAAUUGGCAUACAGUCCCUAUUUUAAAAGUUCUUGAGAGAGAGAGAGAGAGAGAGAGAGAGAGAGA